CAGGGGCGUGUGUUAGUUUCUAGCGGGAGAAGCCUUCGGCUAGACAACCAAAAUGCUUCGAAAUUCGAGACCCUGUGCUGGUCACUGGUCAACACCCCCUGAUUAUGAGCAAGGCCUGGAAUAGCAUGAGAGGGAAAAAAGAAAAUUGACGACCCUAGGCCUCCGAUCAUUACCGAUAUAUCCCGGAUCGACUGCGUGUAUAAGAACCGUUGGGCUGGGCUUGCAAGUCUACAAACAACAGGGAACUUCUCAACCCGACUGAACUUCCAGUCUCCUACUCAUCACUCAUCAAUAAUCCACUUACAAGUUUACGACUUCCAAGUCGAAUAAACAAACCACAAAGAUGGCCCUCUCAACCGAAGCCAACAUCACCGUCAACCCCCCUUACCACCUCCGCGACGGCGCCACGCCCUCCCACUUCACCCCCUCCAACCUGCCCUGGAUCACCGGCACAUGGCACACCACGCACUCGACCAACACCGAGGAGCAAUCGGACAAGCGCAACGCGCGCAUCUGUCUGUCUCUCAUCCGCGGCACCAACUCCGUCUCUUCGGACUCUGAAGGGUCCGACUCAGACAUGGAGCCCGACAAGGACCGGAUCCUCGCCGUGCGCUCGUACCAGAACCUACACUCGCCCGCGAUCCAAGACGUCGGGCAAACCGAUCUCUUCCUCGACGAGCUGGACCAGGGGUUCACGCAGGUGAACGGGCCCAUCAUGCGGCAGCGGUGGGAGAUUUUGGCCUGGGGCAAGGAGGGACAGCUGGAGGAGUGGAUGAAUGAGGAUGAAAGGAGCGGUUGGAUCGUGGAUAACUCUGGGGAGUCCAGGCCGGAUUGGAGGAAUAGCUAUGUGGUGGUGUAUAUUGGAAACGAUCUGGGGAAGCUGAAGAAUGUGGGCGAGGGCACGAUUGAGAUUUGGGAUCGGUUUGGUCCCAGUGGGCCGUUGAGGGAGGAGACGGUGGAGAAGAUUAGGGAGGCGUUGAAGGGGCUGGCAGGGAAGGAUGAGCGGUUUGCGAAGUUGGCACAGAGGUUGCAGAGGAUGAGGAUGGAUGAGGGGAGGAGGAGUGAGGAUGAUGCGAGGAUAAGGGGGUAUUAGGUGGUGCUAGGUAGCGAGGUGGGUUGACAAAAUGCGCGACAGAAUGCUGCGCUGUUCGAGUUGAUUCAUGAAAAGGAUGAAACGAACUUUUGACUUGUAAGUUUGGACGAUGUCUUAUAAGUUACCUACUAGAGGUGAUAAUGUGUAAUAGUAAUGCAUUG